CAUGGGGACGGUUACUUCCCGGAAGAGGCGGGGCCACGUGGGAGAGGGCGCCGAAUUAGAAGUUCGUCCCACAACUUUGCGGUUCGGGGUGCUGCAACCCAAAAGUUACUCUUUGCUUAGAGAAAAAGGAAAAAGGACUUUAUCUUUUCUUUCCAUUAAAUUGUUUUUUUAGAAGAGAAAAUUUGUAAACUUGGAGGCAGCAAUAGUUAGGAUUCAGGCCAAACUGAUAAAUGACGGAGGGGCGUCUUCCAAACCCGAGGAGAAAGGGUUGUCCGGUAUGUUUCACAUAACAGCAGGUAAUCACCAGAAUGGGCGUGAAUGACUUGUGGCAAAUUUUGGAGCCUGUUAAGCAGCACCUCCACUUGCAUAAUCUUUGUGGGAAAACCAUUGCAGUUGAUCUGAGUCUCUGGGUAUGUGAAGCACAGACGGUCAAAAAAAUGAUUGGAACAGUCAUGAAGCCCCACCUCAGGAACUUAUUUUUUCGUAUCUCCUAUUUAACACUAAUGGAUGUAAAACUGGUGUUCGUUAUGGAAGGGGAACCCCCAAAGCUGAAAGCUGAUGUCAUAUGCAGGAGGAAUCAGAUGCGAUAUGGGCCUUCGGGAAAAACAUGGUCUCAGAAAACAGGGAGAUCACAUUUUAAAUCAGUUUUAAAAGAGUGUCUUGAUAUGCUGGAAUGCUUAGGAAUUCCCUGGGUCCAAGCAGCUGGGGAAGCUGAAGCCAUGUGUGCUUAUCUUAAUGCCAGUGGUUAUGUAGACGGCUGUCUCACCAAUGAUGGGGAUGCUUUCCUUUAUGGUGCCCAGACUGUUUACAGGAAUUUCACUAUGAAUACCAAGGAUCCACAUGUUGAUUGUUAUACAAUGUCAUCUAUCAAGAGUAAACUAGGUUUGGAUAGAGAUGCUCUGGUUGGACUAGCCAUACUGCUUGGCUGUGAUUAUCUUCCAAAGGGAGUCCCUGGAGUUGGCAAAGAGCAAGCAUUAAAACUUAUACGGACUCUGAAAGGGCAAAGUUUACUUCAAAGGUUUACUCAGUGGAAUGAGGAAUCAUGCUCUGAUCCACAACCACUAGCUAUUAAAAAACUGGCCCAUUGUUCUGUGUGUUCCCAUCCAGGUUCACCUAAGGAUCAUGUACGUAAUGGAUGCAAACUCUGUAAAACUAAUCGAUAUUGUGAACCACAUGAUUACGAAUACUGUUGUCCUUGCGAGUGGCACCGUACGGAGCAUGAUAGACAACUGAGCACAGUAGAGAACAGCAUUAAGAAAAAAGCUUACAGUUGUGAGGGAUUCCCAUUCCAUGAGGUUAUUCAAGAAUUCCUUUUGAACAAGGAUAAGUUGGUGAAGGUGAUCAGGUACCAAAGACCUGAUUUAUUAUUGUUUCAGAGGUUUACUCUUGAAAAAAUGGAAUGGCCCAAUCACUAUGCAUGUGAGAAAUUGUUAGUGCUUUUGACCCACUAUGACAUGACAGAAAGAAAGCUUGGUAGAAGGAAUUCUAAUCAACUACAGCCAAUUCGAAUUGUUAAAACCCGGAUCAGAAAUGGAAUUCAUUGCUUUGAAAUAGAAUGGGAAAAGCCUGAACAUUAUGCUAUGGAAGAUAAACAUGGAGAAUUGGUUCUACAAACAAUAGAAGAAGAAUCAUUGUUUGAAGCAGCUUAUCCUGAGAUUGUUGCUGUUCAUCAAAAACAAAACUUAGAACUGAAAGGAAAGAAACAAAAAAGCAUGAAAAUUAAGUCUAAAGAAAACAAUUGGCCAGAACCAGAUAAUAUGAUGAAUUUCCAGUCACAGAUGACUUUAAACCCCACAUGUGAAGCCUUUCCUAAGCAGAAUUCCAAGUUAAAUUUGGAAAUUACCCCUGAUGGUGCAUUACCCCAGAAAUCUAUCUCUGCAUCAUUGAAUAGCUUGGUUUUACCUGAAGAUACUCUCUGUUUGAAUACACAAGAGAACUUAAUGUCUUCUCCAAGACCUUUGGCUGUGCAGCAAGUUACAGCUGUCACUAAGUCUCUAAUUCCAGAAUCUAGUCAACCUAUUACCUCAACCAAUAACAUAUCGGCGAUUGCUGAUCUACAAUUAAGCACCAUUGACUGGGAAGGUACUUCUUUUAGUAAUUCUCCAGCUAUUCUAAGGAACACUUCCUCUCAUGGUUUAAAAUCAGAACUUGAAACAGCCAUUCCUGAAAAUUUUAAAAAUUUCCCAGAAGAAUUAUCAUGUGAAUCAGAAUGGUGCGCCACAAGCAUUAAUAAAGUGUUGGAUCAGGAUCUUCAGAAGACUAAUCCUGAAGAGCAUCUACUUUCUGGCAUUACUCAUUUACAUCUUCAGGAUUUGCCUUUAAAGGAACGAAUACAUAUAAAAUUAUCAUAUCUUCGGGAUAAUGCACAACCAAAUGUUGACCUGAAAACUUUGUCCCUAGUUACCAUAAAAGAAUCUUCUGUUGCUAACAGUGGUUCUGAUUGUCCACCACAUCUUUCAAAGGAUCUUCUAGGAAUUCAUUUGCAAAAUGAAUCUAGAAAAUCUAAAGUUCCAAAAGGAGACCAGCUACUUCAAGAAAACUAUAAAAUGAAUACUUCUAAAUCUUAUUCUGUCAAUAACCCAAUAGCAAAGACCUCCAGUGUUAGAGUUGGACCACCAAAUACUGCUUUAGAUCAUAAUAGAAAAGUUGGUGUGCAAACCACUCAGAAAAGUGUAAUGAAGAAGAGCGUUUGCCUUGACAGACAUUCCUCUGAUGAAGAAGGUGUCCCAGUGUUUGAAAAAGCUAAAAACACAACUCAGAAAAUGAAGCAUAGUUCUCAGAAGCAUAACCCAGCCCAGUUCAAGAAAGAUGAUGUCAACAAUUUGAAUAACCCUAAAAUACAUAUUAAAGAAACUGAACAGUGUGUCCAGGCUUAUAAAACAGCUGGAAAUGAAGAAUACUGUUUCCCGGAUGCAGCUAAAGUUUCUCUGAGUUUUCGACAGUGUCAUAAAGACAAAAGUGACUCUGGUACUUCUUUGGAUAGUCCUCUUCCUUUACGUCAAAGAUUAAAACUAAGGUUCCAAAACUUGUGAAAUGGAAUUAAAAACAUUUAAUUAUAACUUAGAAUUUUAGUACCAUCAGCACUAGCAGAGGCAGAGGCAGAAUCUUUACAUUUGGCCUAAAAAUGUAAUGUGAUUCUGUGUGUCAUGAGACAUUUUUCCAUUUUAAUUAAAAUUUUAAUAAAAAAUGUCUAAAACGUUGGUUUUAAAAGAUGAUCCAUGUGGUUAAAACUUAAGAUCUAUUUUUAAAACACACUUUUGCCAUUUUUUAUAUCUUUAUUGAUUUUUAUUUAGUUAAAGUUUUAAAAAAUGUUAGUACAGUACUAGAGUAAAUGCUUCAUCCAUUUGCUCACUUUUGUUCGUUUCUUCCACAAACCUCUAAAGUUUUCAUUUGUAUUUCAACUCGUUCCCAUGAGAAUAACUCUGUAAUUGCCUACACUCCCUCAGUGUCUUCUGUUGUGCCUUUCCUGAGAGUUUUAUUUUCUCUCAAUAUGAAGAUACAUUUAGUGCGCUCUUCCAGUGUUGGUAACCUUACUCUCUUUGUGAAGGGCAAAAAUGGAAAAGGAGGAAGAUGCUCAAUAUACUUACUAAAAAUUAUGGUUGUAAUGGCUGAAAAAACUGAGGAAAGUUACUUCUUACAUGACCCCAGGGGUUCACAGGUAUGCCAAAUGGAAAAAAAUUUGCAAAGUAGAAUGUAUAAUGAGAAAGACUUCGAAAUUUGCUCAGAAUCACACAACUAAUUAAUAAUGGUGUGGGAACCAGAUUUCUUGCUUCCUAAUUUAUUGGCUUUUCUGAUUUUUUUUCCAUAGCACUUUUUUCUUUCCUUUUUAAAAAAUGAUUUUGUACUAUAUUGACUUCAAUAACUCUAAAUAUUAAAUUGUGCAUUAAUUUAUUUAACAUUCAAAAAGUCUAGAGGUAACCAGAUUGGAAAGUAAAAAGUAAAACUGUUGCUAUUUGCAGAUGACAGGAUCUUUUAUACAAAACUCUAACCAACCCAGUAGAAGCUAUUAGAACUAAUUCAGCAAGAUUGCAGGAUACAAGAUCAAUAUACAAACACCAAUUAUAUUUCUAUACAUCUGCAGUGAAUAAUACUAAAUGAAAUUUAAAAAAAAUUCUGUUCACAGUAGCAUCAAAAAGGAUAAAAUACUUUGGAAUGAAUUUAAAAAAAGAAGUGCAAAAUGUACACUCUGAAAACUACAAAAUAUUGUUGAAAGAAAGCAAACCUAAAUAAAUGGAAAGACAUCCCAUGUUCAUGGAUCAGACAAUUUGAUAUUAAGAUAUUUCCCAAACUAGUUUAUAGAGUCAAGGCUGUCUCAAUCAAUUUCAGCUGCUUUCUUUGCACAAAUGGACAAGUUGAUUCUAAAAUCCAUAUGGAAAUUUAAAGGACACAGAAUAGACAAAACAAUCUUAAAAAAAAAAAAUGGGAGGACUCGCCUCUCCUGAUUCUGAUUUCAAAACUUUCUACAAGGCUUCAGUAAUGAAGAAUGUGUUGUUGUGGCAUCAGGGUAGACAUACAGAUCAAUGGGAUAGAAUUGAGGGUCCAGAUAUAUGCUCUAACAUUUAUGUUCAAUUGGUUUUCAACCAGAGUACCAACACAACUGAGUGGGGAAACAGUUUUCUUUCAGCAGUUCUACUGGCACUACUGGAUAUCCAUAUGUAAAGAGAUGAAUUUUGAUCACUACUUCGUACAAUAUGCAGAAUUAACUCAGAAUUAAUCAAAGAUCUGGUUGCAAACUAUAAACUCUAAGAAGAAAACAUGAACAUAAAUCUUUGUGACUUUGGAUUAAGCAAGAAUUUCUUAGAUAAGACACUGAAAGCUUAGACAACAAAAGCAAAUACAUUGUACUUCAUCAAAACCAACAACUUUUGUGUUUCAGGGGAUACUAUCAAAAUGAGACAACCAUAAAAGAGUAGAAAAUAUUUUCAAAUCACGAGUGUGAUAAAGGACUCGUGACUAGAGACACAUGUCUAAAAAGCUCUAACAACUCAAUAAUAAAAAGAUAAAUUAAAAGUGAAUAAAAUACCUGAAUAAACAUUUCUCCAGAGAGGAUGUACAGAUGGCCAAUAAGCACAUGAAAAAACUCAAAUUUGUUAUUUAUCAGAAAAAUACAAAUCAAAAUCACAAUGAGAUACCACUUUACACCCAAUGGGACAGCCAGACAGAAUCAUAAAGACAAGUUUUGGUGAGGGUGUGGAGAAAUUUACAUUCCUACCAGAAAUAACCUACUGGUAGGAAUGUAAAAUGGAGCAGCCAUUUUGGAAAAAGUCAGGUGCUUCCUCAAAUCGUUAAACAUAGUUACCAUAUGAUCCAGCAGAUCCACGCUCAAAAAUAUACCCAAGAGAAAUGAAGAUAUAUAUCCACCGAAAAACUUAUACACAAAUAUCCAUAGCCCAAAAGUGGAAACAAACCAAAUGUCCGUCAGCUGAUGAAUGAAAAACAAAAUGUGGUAUAUCAAUAGAAUGGAAUAUUGGCAAUAAAAAGAAAAGGAAGUACUGAUACCCGUUACAAUCUGAUGAACCUUGAAAGCAUGCUAAGUGAGAGACCGGUUGGAAAAGAUUACAUAUACGAUUCAAUUUAUGUAACUCUUUAUAGAAGCAGAAAGUAGACUCAUGGUUACCAAGGCUAUGGGAGUUGGAGCAGAGGAGGGGAGGUUGAGGAGGGAGAAGGGAAAAUGACUGCUAAUGGGAUGUUUUUUGUGGGGGAGUGGGCAGAUGAGGAAAAUGUUCUCAAGUUGGUUGUGGUGAUGGUUGCAAAACUCCGAUUUACUAAAACCAUUGAAUUGUGCAAUUUAAAUAGAUAAAUUCUGUGGUAUGUGAAUUAUAUCACAAUAAAACUGUUUUUAAAACAAAAACAAAUUGUAGAGAAUUUUACCUGUCCGAACACCUUAAUAUCUAAAAGGUUAAUAUUCCAACAUCUCCCACAUGUGCACUGCCAUUAUUAUUUUAUUUUUUUAUAGAAAACAAGUCCAGAAUAAUGAAGAGAUUUUCCCAAGAUUGGAUAUAAAACUUUGGUUUAUUAUUCUAGUAUUUAUUACAUUAUGCCAUGUUUUAAAAUUAGAUUCAAAUUUGAAAUACUUUUGAAUUUUUUUUGCUUUUUCUGAAGUUAUGAUUUUGGUUUUUCAACAUUUCACUAAAACCAUAUAAAAUACUUUGAAUCAAGUUUAACUUUGUUUUAGAAAAGUGUCAUGUUUGUAGAGCACUUACUAUAUAUGAAUUCCUAGGCAAGGGGAGUCCUAAAUAAAUGCAAUCAGUCCUCCACUCUCAAGGAUCCCACCUAUCCUAAUUGAACAGAUAUAUAUACGUACAUAUAUAUGUAUGUAUUUAAAUCAGUGGUUAUUCCUAAGUGUUAUUUAUUUUUUAAGGUAGGAUUUUCAUGUGGUUAAUAAAAAAGGUGAACUAGUACAAAAAAUAGAGAAUGAAUAAGUCAAUCUCCUUUCUAUUCUAAUGACUGGACCACAAUUCUUGCAUCUAGAGGCAAGCACAGUGUUUAAUUUCUUAUAGAUCCAUCCAGAGGUGUUCUGUAUCAAUAUAUUAGUGUAUCUUAGAAAUUGCUCCAUAUCAAUAAAUAUGGUCUGUUUUACUCUUUAAUGACUCCAGUGGGUCUGCAUGUGUAUCUUUGCACAAAUGCCUAGUGGUAUGUAAUGGAUGUCGAAUGUCAUUUUUUAUUUUUCAGUGUUGAAGCAUUGUUGAUUCUCGAAGGCCAUCUAAACUAUGGAAUGUCAAAUUUGUGAACUAAAUCAUUUGAAUGUCUCUUAAACACAUUUGACUUUGGUGUAAGCUUCCUCUUAAGAAUCCCCCAAAUGUCCUUAAAUAGCUUGGAAUAAUUAUAAAAGACAUGAAUUUACGGUACAUAUGAAAAGAGUACAUUUGCUUCAAAGACCUGACAUUAAAAAACUUGACAAUAUGUCUACCAAGAAUGGCAUUUCUUUGGUAAAAUAACCACAGUUUCAAGUUUGAGCUAGCAGCCAUAUAGUUCAGUAAUCUCAAUUUUAAAUGCCCAUACAAUGUACAUUUUUUGAAAGUUUGAUUUAUUUAAUCUUUACACCCCAGAGGCUCAAACUCCUACCCCAAGAUCAAGAGUCACAUGCUCCUCCAGCUGAGCCAGCCAGGUGCCCCAUAUGCCCAUACAAGGUACAUUUUUAAUUUUUUCAAGGAACUAUACUUUGGACCUUAAUUGGACCUUACUGCACAGAUGUGUGUAGAGCUCUAAGUUCUGAGGUUACAGUUGCACAAGCCGGUACUCCAUAUUGAAGGAGAUGAGGGUGAAAUUUUACUCUGGAGUACUUGGUUUUAUUUUGGAUUGCUCACUUGAUCCCACACCCGGUGCUAAUUCUCUUGAUUAUGUCCUCAGAAAUAUAGCUAAGGACUCAAUUCCUUUUUAACUUCACUGACUUUUUUUUCUUUAUUGAUGUAUAAUUUACAUACAAUAAAAUCCACUCAUUGUAAGUGUAAAGUGUGGUGAAUUUUGGUAACUGUAUAGAGUUGUAUAACUUCUACCAUAAUCAAAAUAUAGAAAAGUCUCAAGUUUGCUUAUGUUCCUUUGCAAUUAACCCUCUCAGAUUACCUUGAUCCCAGACAACAACUACUAAGCUUUCUUUUCACGAUGUUUUGCCUUUUCUAGAAUUUCUAUAAAUGGGACCAUUCAGUAUGGAGUCUUUGUAUCUGACUUUCUACUAGCACAUGUUAUCUAUGUUGUGUAUAUUAAUACUCUGUUCCUUUUCAUUACAGAAUAGUAUGACAUAGUAUUAAUAUCCUGCAAUUCUUUCUUCAUCAGUUGAUGAAAAAGAAGAUUGUUUUUACAUUUUGGUUAUUAUGAAUAAUAUAACCAUGAAUAUUUAGAUAAAGGCCUUCAGGUGGACAUACACUUUCAUUUCUCUUGGAUAAACAUUUGGGGUGAGGUUGCUGGUUCAUAUGAUCAGCAUAUGUUUAAUUUUUUAACACACUUCCACACUCUUUUCCAAGGACACAGAAUCAUUUUGUGUUCCUACCAGCAGUGUGUGGGGGUUCCAAUCAUGCUUCAUCAUCACCAAAACUUAAUAUUGUUAAUCUUUCUCAUUUGAGCAAUUCUAGUAGGUGUGCAGUGAUAUCCUCUUGUGGCUUUAUUUGCAUUUUCCUGAAAACUGGUGACAUGAAGAAUCUUAUAUGCAUAUUGGCCACUCAUAUAUCUUCUUUUGUGAAAUUCCAGUUUUUUCUGGCCAAUUUUUAAUUGGGUUGUCUUCUUGUUAUUAAAGCAUAAGUGUUCUUUAUUUUUUUCCAGAAAUAAGCCAAGCCACUUGUUAGAUGUGUGUUUUACAAAUCUUUUGUCUGAGUCUGGCUUAUCUUUUCAUUUUAACUGUGUGUUUCAAAGAGUGAAAUGUUUUAAAUUUUGAUGUUUAUUAAUUUCUGUUUCCAGUGGCCUAUUUAAGAUAUCUUUGUCUAAGCCAGGGUCCCAACUAAUUUUCCUAUGUUUUCUUCUACAAGUUUAAUGUUUUUUUACCUCUUAUAUUUUGGUCUGUGAUUGAUUUCAAGCUAAUGUUUGCAUAUGAUAUGAGGUAAUGAUUGAGGAGCAUUCCCCACCCCCCAUACAGAUACCGAGUUGUGCCACCACAAUUUGUUACAAAAAUAUCUUUUCCUUCUUGAAUUACCUUGGCUCCUUUGUUGAAAGUCAGUCGACCUUGUAAGCGUAGGUCUAUUGCUGAGCCCUCUUCUUUCCACUGAUCUAUCAUUCUAAUAUCACAUUGUCUCGUUUACUGUAGCUUUAGAGUAAACCUUGAAAUCAGGUAGUUUAUCUGUUCAUUGUUUACAUCUUCCUGUCAAAGUCACCAAUUUGGCCUCCAUGUUACUAAAGCUAAUAAACUUACAGUCUUAAGCUUACCUUUCUGCAGAAUUUUGGACUAUAAAACUUCCCUCUUUCCUGAAAGUUCCUAUUCUCUUGUUUUCCAUAUCAACACUGCCUCUUGGUUUAUCUAUUUCUUGUUGGCUAUAAUUUUAUUUUAUUUUAUUUUUUAUUUAUUUUAAAGAUUUUAUUUAUUUAUUUGUCAGAGAGAGAGGAGGGGGAACAGCAGGUGGAACAGGGUCAACGCUGAGCAAGAAGCCCAAUGAGGGACUCAAUCCCAGGACCCUGGGAUCAUGACCUGAGCUGAAGGCAGACGCUUAAUGACUGAGCCACCCAGGCAUCCCUUGGCUAUAAUUUCUGACCUCAUAGGCUUAAAUAUUCAUGCUUCUUAAGUACUGGUAUCCCAGUUCUGUCUCUUCUCUUACUCUCCAUAGAGUCUAGAUAUUUUCUAC